UUAGCCGUGAAUCCCGCAAGUAGUGCAAACUGGAGAUACCGACAUGGCGGUCAACUGAAGACGUGGCUCAACACUGCCAAGUCGGACGUCGAACGCAUGGGCCUCGUAACUCCUUACGGCUUGCGACACUGGAACAAACACUGGGUUAACAUUUGCGAGGAGCUCGAUUCCAAUGGUCACCAAUGGGCCGCCGCUAUCCGUGACAUCCGUGAAGCCGAUUCAUCCAACAACAGGAGCUGA